UAUGAAAUGCUCGGUUUGGAUCGUCAUAACAGGUUGUGGAGCUAAGAGGUGGUGUUUUUGAGAGGUGUGUUUGAGAGGGUGUGAGCAGAAUUCCCGUUUUUAAUUAUAUAUGUUAUGGACUUCACCAGCUGUUUGGUUGCGCUGAAAACAGAAAAUAAAUGAAAGGACUUUUUUCUUUAAUUUCUUAAAAAAAGGGCCUCAUCUACGUGAAAUCAUUAUGUUGAAGUUGUGUGUGGGUUUUCUAUAGUGUCUUUUAGGUUAUGUUUGGAUAGCUUUUAGUAUUGAAUAGCUUAUGUUUGGAUAGCUUUAAUCAAGAGUUUAUGAAAUUCUGAACAUUUCCCAUUCAAAUGUUUUGGAAUAAUUAGUGAUCUUUCCUAGAUAAAUGUCGAUUGGGAAAUGUAGUUUUUUUUUUUUUUUUUUCCGCAUUGGGAAAUGUAGUAGAUAACUGCAUUUUUCUCUUUUGUGGAUUCUAGAAUAUAAGGUUACCUUGGAAAUGGUGAUGAUCAGAUUCCUACUUUUAGUAAGAAUGUGAUUCUGGAUUGUAUAGGUAACUAGGGAUCACUUUCCCAUUCUACUCUGUUCGUAACGUACGAAUCAGAAUCAUUUUGUCUCAAGAUUUUGCCAUCCAAACUAAGUUUAGUAUCAUCAAACUUGUAGUAUGGUUUAGCCAAACUUAUUACUCAGAUUCACUCAAUGGCCUUUAAAUAGAGAAUGAGAUCCAAGCAAAUGAGCUUUAUAGUUGACUUACCACUUGUACCAUACCAGAAGUGGAGAAAUCACUUUCUUCGAAUGCCUGGUUUAACAUCUUAAUGCUACAUGUCAAAAGUUCUCCUAUCGAUUUCGUCUUUCCCAUCUCCAAUGCUUUUUUUCUAUCUCAUAGUAUGUUGCAUCGCCGCGGAAAAUGAAUUUCACGAACGUGAACUUAGGACUAGUCUGAUGGUGAAGAGCAAUGAAAAAUCAUCUUCCCAGAAAAAUUUAUAAACUGCUUUAGGAAGUCUUUGGAUUCUGCAGUGUGUAAAAAAUCUCAGGGAUUACAAGAUGCUUAAGAAAAGGAUGUUAUACCUGCUGUAGUUUUUCUUUUCUAAUCAUUUGAGUCAUUUUAAAGAUCACCAUGGCAUCCUCGAAUUCUUCCAACUGUGUACAAAAAACUAAUGUUCAUCACUUUGAACUUGGUGAUGGGAUGCGACUUCAGGUUAAUGUGACUGGAUUUUCAAAUGGGAGCAAUGCAAAAGUUGAUCUUCAACUCAAGAAUUGUUCGAGGACAUGGAUCCUUCACUGGGGUUGCAUUUACCAUGGCAACAAGAAUUGGUUCAUACCUGCUGAUCAUCCUCCGGGGACUAUUUACAAACAAAUGGCACUGCAAACACCAUUUACGAAGAGUGGAGAUAUGUAUGUUAUCAUCAUCCAGUUGCGUGACCCCAGGACUGAUGCUAUUGAAUUUGUUUUGAAAGAUUCCAGGAAUGAUACAUGGUUGAAGUUGAACAAAGGGAACUUCCAAAUCAAGAUACCUAAAACUGAUUCAAGUACAUCCCAACCACCUAUACCUAAGGAUCUAAUAGACCGCAGAGCAUAUCUGCGCUGGGAAAGCAAGGGCAGGCCAGUAAGCUCACCCCAACAACAAAAGCAAGAUCACGAUGUUGCUUUGAGAGAACUUCAGAGUCUGUCAGUGAAGGGAAUUUCCCUGGACGAAUUGCAAAAUAGUAGACAAAUUGCAGGUACCAAUAGACCAGCAUUGAGUAGAGAACAUUUGAGCAGUCAAAAACCAUACUCUUGCCGCAGGAGACAUGAUAUUGAGCAAUGGACAAAUAAAUAUACCAAGGGACAUAUGAAAAACACCAAUUUGCCAUCAUCAGCCCUAUUGGAUCGUGUGGAGAAGUCUAUCGGAGGAGAUGAUGUGAUCUUGCAACAAACUUAUAAUGUUGGAAGCUACGAAAUGGUGGUUUUAUUAAAAAUCGUUGGGGGCGACUAUCACAUAAUCGUUGCUGGGAACACAAAAGGUGCCACAGUGCUUCACUGGGGCGUGUCAAAGUCGUCCCUUGGCGAAUGGCUGGCCCCACCGAUGGAUAUAAUGCCUGAAAACUCAAAGCUGCUUGAUGCAGCAUGCCAGACCUAUUUUAUGGACAUUUCAAAUGGCAAAGGAUUCUUUCAGCAAAGGAGAUUUUUGGGUAUCCAAUUUAUUAUCUGGUCUGGUGGUUCAUGGAUAAAGAACAAUGGUGCAAAUUUCUGUGUUGGGCUGAAUUCAAUCACAAGUGGAAAGGUUGAAGGGGGCGGGGGAGGAAUUGUUAAAUGGCUACUUGAUGAAAUAUCCCACAGAGAAAAAGAGGCUGAGAGGUCAUUGAUGCACAGGUUCAACAGUGCAACGGAACUGACUGAGCGCUGCAAAAACGAAGGGGAGUUGGGGCUUAUUGGUAUGUUAGUCUGGUUAAGGUUAAUGGCAUGCAGACAGCUUACAUGGAAUAAGAAUUACAACGUGAAACCUCGUGAAAUCAGUGAAGCUCAAGAGAGGUUUACUAACUUGUUGCAAAGAAUAUACUUGGACCAACCAAAUGUUCGAGAAAUUCUGAGGCUGAUCAUGUUAUGCAUCGGCCGUGGAGGUCAGGGUGAUGUUGGGCAAAGGAUUCGCGAUGAAAUACUGGUGCUUCAGAGAAACAAUGAUUGCAAGGGUGGUAUGAUGGAGGAGUGGCACCAAAAGUUGCACAAUAAUAGUAGCCCAGAUGACGUAAUAAUUUGCGAGGCACUCUUAAAUUAUGUGAGAUCUGGUUUCAAAAUAGAUGUUUAUUGGCAAACGCUGAAUGCAAAUGGUCUCACAAAAGACAUACUAGCAAGUUAUGACCGUCCAAUUGUAUCAGAGCCUCAUUUCAGGACUGAUGCCAAAGAGGGAUUUCUCCGUGAUCUUACCUCAUACUUGAAGACAUUGAAGGCUGUUCAUUCUGGUGCUGACCUAGAAUCUGCUAUUGAAACAUGUUUGGGUUUCUUCCCCAAGGACUCUCUCUACUUUGUCAAAGCACAUAUUGGUGAUAAGAAUAUAGCUCCACUUAUAGAGAAAUUAGUGGAAUCUCGCAUAGAGCUUCGGCCUGUUUUGCUUACAGCCCAUGGAAGAUCAAAGGAUUUACUCUUCCUUGAUCUUGCCCUGGAUUCAGCUGUUAGAACCACAGUGGAAAUGGGACUUAAAGAUCUGAACUCUGCAUCCCUACCAGAAAUCAUGUUCUUCAUUGCUCUGGUGCUUGAAAACUUAUGCUUAUCAACAUUCAACAAUGAAGAGCUCAUAUACUGCACAAAGGACUGGUAUCGCGUCUCCGAGUCAUGCAAACCCAAUGACAGCCAGUGGGCACUACAAACAAAGGCUGUUCUUGAUCGAGUCGGGCUUGUUCUUGCCAAUAGGUCUCAGUAUUACCACCAAAUGAUACAGCCUAGUGUGCAAUAUCUUGGAAGAUUGCUUUCUCUGGACAAAGGGGCAAUUGAUAUUUUUACAGAAGAGUUAAUAAGGGCAGGAUCAGCAGCAAGUCUAUCCAUGCUUAUUAAUCAUCUAGACCCCAUACUACGAAAAGUUGCAAAUUUAGGCAGUUGGCAGGUUAUUAGCCCUAUGGACGUCACUGGUUUGGUAGUCUCUGUUAAUGAGCUAAUUAGUGUUCAGACAAAAGUAUAUAGGAAGCCAACAGUUAUUAUUGCAAAUAAAGUUUCUGGUGAGGAGGAGAUUCCAAAUGGGGCUGUUGCUGUUCUGACCGCUGAUACACCAGAUGUUUUGUCUCACGUUUCAAUAAGAGCAAGGAAUAACAAGGUAUUGUUUGCCUCAUGCUUCGAUCAGAAUGUUUUUAGGGAUCUGAAGUUAAAGGAAGGCAAAGCAAUAUCUAUACAACUAAGGUUAUCGAAUUUGGUAAUCAGUGAAGUUAGUAGCUUUGGUUUGUCUCAGAACUCCUUCAGUACUUCCUCUAUUCCUCAAGGACUCACCUUGAAGAAAAAGGCUUUCCGUGGAAAAUUUGCUAUUUCAAUUGAGGAGUUCACUACCGAGAUGGUUGGCGCCAAGUCUUACAAUAUCCUACAUCUUAGAAGAAGAGUACCCUCGUGGAUUAAAGUUCCAAUAUCAGCUGCAAUACCAUUUGGAGUAUUUGAGACUGUAAUAUCAGAUGACUUAAACAAGAAUCUGGCAAGCAAAAUUUCUAGCUUCAGUAAACUUGUAGAUGAUGGUGACCUUUCAAAACUUAAGGCAAUACAAGAAACAGUUCUGCAGAUGAAAGCUCCUCUCCGUUUGACCAACGAACUUAAAAACAAAAUGAAGACUUCAAGAAUACCCUGGCCCGGGGAUGAAGGCGAGGAGAGGUGGAGCCAAGCUUGGCUAGCAAUAAAGAAGGUUUGGGCUUCAAAGUGGAACGAAAGAGCAUUUGUCAGUAGUAGGAAAGCUAAUUUGAACCAUAACAACGUUUGCAUGGCUGUGCUAAUUCAAGAAAUCAUUUGUGCUGAUUAUGCGUUUGUGAUUCACACAAAGAAUCCCUUAUCUGGGGACGCAUCCGAGAUAUAUGCAGAGAUCGUGAAGGGGUUAGGAGAAACUCUGGUUGGUGCCUAUCCUGGACGAGCAAUGUGCUUCACUGCAAGGAAAAACAAUAUUAAAUCUCCCAUCGUUGUUGGCUAUCCUAGCAAACAAGUAGGGCUGUAUAUCAAGAAGUCGAUUAUAUUCCGAUCAGACUCCAAUGGAGAGGACCUGGAAGGGUAUGCUGGUGCUGGUCUCUAUGACAGUGUGACAAUGGAUAAAGCUCAAGAAACUGUAUUGGAUUACUCCAACGAGCGAAUGAUAAUUGACAAAGAUUUCCAGAUCUCACUCUUCCGAAAAAUCGCAGAGGCCGGAAAAAUCAUAGAAGACCUCUAUGGCUGUGCUCAGGACAUUGAAGGGGUGGUGAAAGAAGGAGAAAUACAUGUGGUUCAAACUAGGCCACAGAUAUGAGUGCUUGGUUUACUUGGGUUUUUGACCCAAUCUUUGGAUUUCUGUUGCCUUUUAUCUUUGACUCGCAAUAUAUCCAAACUUGUGUACAGUCUGUGUUGCAAUAUGUGCUUAUUGGGCAUGCAUGAGGCUCGCAUUUAUUUUAAGGGAAAGGUAUCCCAAUUACUCUCUUGUAUGGUAGAUUGAUGGAAUAGACCUUUUUCAUUGUUUUUUUUUUAUCGACAAAAA